AUGAAAAGGUCACAGUUCGCGUUAAUUCUUCUCUUCUUUGCAAUAACAUUUGCAAAGGGGUUCACCAUUCGGAAAACUGACGAGCAAAACUCUGAUGUAUAUGCUGUUGAAGAAAACGACAAAGUCAUUGCUAGAUUGAUAUAUCCGAAACCAGAGGAGCCAACCUUACGAGAAGUACUUUUCUAUCAUGUUUGGGAAAGACCAUACUAUGGAGAGAAUAAGGAUGUUCAAGAAAUAAUUGCACAUUCAGAUGUUCCUGAAUUAGAUGGUACUGAAAGAAGCUUCACAAACGGUCAUGGAUACCAAUACACUGAAGCUUUGCCUGGAAAGAUUUCUGCUAAAUCUGAGCACAUUUCAACGUCCUCUUCUUCAUCAUCAAGUGCAGAAUCGGAGUUAGGAAGUUCCGAAGAAAGCUUCAAUUCAUCAAGUGAAGAAUCAGAUGCAGAAGAUUCUGAAGAAGAUUUUAAUUCGUCGUCUCACGAGAAUAGUGAAGAGAAUACAUCACCGGAAGUAUCCAACGAAGAUCAACAUGGUGAUACACAUGGUGAUACACAUGGUCAGCCUCAAGGUGAAAAUAAUGAAAGUCAAGGACAUAUUGAAGCAAACUCAGACGACACUAAAGAAAAACAAGAAAAUACAGAGCAUAAAGACAACAAUACUGAAUCUCCAGAAAAAAUAAAUGAGCAAAAUCAUGGAGAUGAUAAUAGUCAACAACAAAAAGAAGACCAGAAAGAGCAAAUAGAAGUUGUUACCGAAUCUCAUAAUAAUAGUACUAAUGAACCAGAAACAGUGACACCGGUGAACCAAAAUGUAACAGACGGAGUAGAAAAUGAAGAAGACGAGAAUAUUGAAAUUGAUGUAAGAUUUAAGGAUAACAGCGACACUAAAGACGAAAAGAAAAUAGCUGCACGGAACCGCCUCUUCGACAAUGCGAAAGACAAAUAUCAAAAAAGAAAUAAAAGAGAAAAUAGUCCACAGCCUAUACCAGAAGGUCCGAAAUUACCUGAAUUACAUUACGAAAACCUGCCAGGAUUUAUGAGAUUACUUCUUUCUACUGAAAACCCGGUCGAAGUAUCUGAAGAACUGUCCAAAUACGAAGACUUGGAUGAAACCAACGAAGGAGAAAAUGACAAAGACGCUGAGUAUUUCAAAGAACUUUUAGCUGAUAAAAUUCAUGAAUUAUUGGCGAGUGCAAAUACUGAUGAGGAAAUGGCAGUUUCUAAGACAUUCGGUAUGAAUCUGACUGAGAAUGGGGGCUAUGUGUGGAAUAAUCUAUGGAGUGAACCUGGAUAUUCUUUCGACGUUGGCAGACCAUCCAAAGAUACAGAGAAGCCUACAGACUCUUACAGUGAAACCACAUUUAAACCUUAUGAAAAUAUUGACUCUAAUAACAAAAAUCCAAAUGAAAAUAAACCACUAAUUAUUGAUUAUGUUUUAAACGAAAAUUUAGACGAUAUUUAUGUAAAUGUGCACAAUAAUAACCCGAGAGUUAUGAUAAUGGCACAUGAAGAAGAUAAAGCAUCUGUUAUUCAUGAUAAAAACGAAAAUACAGGCAAAUCUUACCAACACAAAGAAAACCCAAAAGAUACACGGAAGAAAACUAAACACGGACAUAAAGAUAAGAUAAACAGUGAUCCGAAGGAAAUUGGAGACGGCAAUAAGGGACAAGUAUCAGCAAACGUAUGGGAAGAUUUGCUAAAAAAUAAAGAGUUCUGGAAAUGGCUGGAACAAUGGACUUCAUUGUACAUAGAACAGUUAAUGAAGCACAUCAAAGUAAUGAUUCAUGAUGAAGUACUACGACAGAUACACAAUUAUUCAGAUGAUAUGUUCAGGAAAGAAGAAGAUGAGGAAGAUAUCCCCAUCGAUAAAAGAAAAGACAAAGUAAAAGAUAAAGAUUCAAGGGAUAAAAAGAUAAAUAAGGAUAUCGAUAUUAAAAUACAACCUAAUAAAGACAGUGAUGAAUCAAGAUCAGACAAUUCGAUUGACAAAAAUGACGCUAAAACUAUUGAGAGUAAACACAAUAAACAUCUUCCUACAAUAAAACCUGACGCUGACAGGACGGAAAAUAUACCUGACGACGUGAAACUGGAAAACGUAUAUGGAAAUUCGGUUGGAAACGAACAAGUGACCAACAUUUUCGUGUUUUAUCCUAAAGAAAAUUUUAGUUCUAUUAUAUCAGAAUUAAAACCUGAGGUGAAAAUCAAUCAAAACAAGUCGCUUGAAUCUGAGAACAAUUUGGAAUUGGCAGCUAAAAAAGAUAUCGUACAAGAUCGUAAUAUUUUGGAAAAGAAUUUUACAAACGACAGCUCGAAAGAAAAAGAUAUACCUCCCAAAAAAGAUCCAAGCAGUGAAACUACUGUCACUAUCAAUAAUGAAGAAAAGAACCAAUCAUUUACGAAAGAGGAACAUAAUGACGUGAACAUCUUAGAAAAUACUCAAAAACUCUCUUCGAAAGAAAAAGACAUCAACGAGGAAAACAAAUCAAAUUAUGAAGCAGUCGAAAUUGAAAUUAAACCUCAUUCAGAUCAGGAAGUCCAAGAAUCUACUACCAAUAAACAGAACGACGAAGAAUCUAAUAUAGAAAACCAAUCCAAUCCUAGCGACACUGAAAAAGACUCGAAAGAACCCCACGAAGCAUCGUUAGAUGCAAAAGAAGUAAAAGAAAAUAUUGCAAAGGAAAAUGAAAGUAACGAGGAGCAGCCUAAAAAAGAUUUGGAAAAAUUAGAUAUAGAAGAAAGUAAUAAAGAUAUAGAAUCAAAAUCGACUGAACAAUUAAAUUUAGAAAGCAAGGUUGUAACAGAAAAUGAUAAAAAUUAUGAAAACAUAGCAGACUCCAUAAAGACCGACGAAGGUAAAGAAGAGCAAGAUAAAGACAGUGAAUCCGGGAACAGUAAACAAAAAGAUGAAUCACAACAGACUAGCACAAAUCUUGAAAACGACCUAGGUCAAAGAAAUGUAGACGAUACGGCGAAAGAAUAA